GGAGACAGACCCAGCCCAGAGCUCUGAGUGGCUUCCUGCUGCCUGUGUCUAAGCCCCUCCACAUUCCUGCGCACCGCCAGACCGCCCGGACGCGCUCUGCCGCUGCCUGCCUCUGAGGAUUCCCAGCACCAUGAGGGCCUGGAUCUUCUUCCUUCUCUGCCUGGCUGGGAGGGCCUUGGCGGUCCCCCAGCAGCAGGAAGCCCUGCCCGAUGAAACAGAGGUGGUGGAGGAAACCGUGGCCGAGGUGGCAGAGGUGCCCGUGGGGGCCAACCCUGUCCAGGUAGAAGUUGGAGAAUUUGAAGAUGGUGCUGAGGAAACCGUAGAAGAUGUGGCAGCUGAAAACCCCUGCCAGAACCACCACUGCAAACACGGCAAGGUGUGCGAGCUGGAUGAGAACAACAGCCCCAUGUGCGUGUGCCAGGACCCCACCACCUGCCCUGCCCCCGUCGGCGAGUUCGAGAAGGUGUGCAGCAAUGACAACAAGACCUUCGACUCUUCCUGCCACUUCUUUGCCACCAAGUGCACCCUGGAGGGCACCAAGAAGGGCCACAAACUCCACCUGGACUACAUCGGGCCUUGCAAAUACAUCCCCCCCUGCCUGGACUCCGAGCUGACCGAAUUCCCCCUGCGCAUGCGGGACUGGCUGAAGAACGUCCUGGUGACCCUGUAUGAAAGGGACGAGGACAACAACCUGCUGACCGAAAAGCAGAAGCUGAAAGUGAAGAAGAUCCACGAGAACGAGAAGCGCUUGGAGGCCGGAGACCACACCGUGGAGCUGCUGGCCCGGGACUUCGAGAAGAAUUACAACAUGUACAUCUUCCCUGUGCACUGGCAGUUCGGCCAGCUGGACCAGCACCCCAUUGAUGGGUAUCUGUCCCACACCGAGCUGGCUCCCCUGCGUGCCCCCCUCAUCCCCAUGGAGCACUGCACCACCCGCUUUUUUGAGACCUGUGACCUGGACAAUGACAAGUACAUCGCCCUGGAGGAGUGGGCCGGUUGCUUCGGCAUCAAGGAGCAGGAUAUUGACAAGGAUCUUGUGAUCUAAAUCCUCCUCCCGUGCAACCGGAUUCUCUCUCUUUGACCUGCCCCUUCCUGUUCCCCCCAAAGUUUAAAAUGUUUGGAUGGUUUGUUGUUCCGCCUGGGGAUAAGGUGCUAACAUAGAUUUAUAUGAAUACAUUAACGGUGCUAAACAUGGAAAGCGUAGCCCAAGUCAUGACACUCUUACUCGUAACUCGACCCCGGAGGCCUUUGGCUCGCGCAUUAACGGUCCUGUCACUUUUCUCUUGCCGUUCGUCACUCUGCCCGGCGUCUGCCUGGCUGUGGUGACGAUUCACCCACUCUUGUCUGCCUCACACACUGCAUCUUCAGACUUUUUCUGCUACUCUGCUUGAGGCUGGUAUUCACCGAAUCAGACUUCGAGUUCAUUUUAGUUCACAGGGUUUGGGGUCUUCCCCGGGUGGCUGCAGGGGGACAAAGGGAAGUAACAGACACAUGUUGGAAAGAGUGUUUUGGGGACUGGAGGACCAGUGGUGGGAGAGAUCCCCGUGGAACCCGCCAGGCAGACCCGGAGAGAGCAAGACUGUUUGCCCGGUCUUGGCCGCCGAGAGAGAGAGAUGCUGGGGCUUGUUCUGAAGACGCACAGACCCUCACGUAUGCCCAGCUCCUGGCCAUUUCCUCCCGCGCUCUUCUGAGCAAUUUCUUUGCACAUCAGGGUGUUUGUUCAAACUUUUGGGAGCCGUGGCCCAUGGUCUCUGCGGGGUAGAUGAACAUGUCCUACAGGGUUUCCUCCUUUCUGACUUCUUUCAGAGAUUUCAGCCUUCUUCUCAGGGGCUCCAUGGGCCGGGAGGAUGUUUCAGGCACAAAAGCCAAAAUCCAGAGUGAGACGUAGGAAGUUGUAACAAAGAGAAAGUAGAGUUGGUGAACUGGUUGUAUUUUUUUUUUUUUUCAUAUCUGGAAGGCUGUCAUACGUGUUCUAGCAUAUUCCACCUUUUCUUCCCCUCCUUUCAUCUCCUAUUAAUAAGAGAAACUUCAAAGUAAUUGGGAUGGUCAGAUCUCACAGGCUGAGAACUUGUUCACCUCCAAGCAUUCAUGAAAAAGCUGCUUCUUAUUAAUCAUGCAAGCUCUCUCCAUGAUGUGAAGAGUUUGACAAAUCUUUCAAAAUAAAAAGUAAUGACUUAGAAACUGC